UAGAAGAACACUUGGCAAGAUGGCGUCUACCGCAUUGAAUGAUGAGAUUCAAUAUGUUUCAUACUACAAUAUUCGACAUAUACUGCUUCAUGGUUAUGUCGGUCCAUUCGUUACAUUAUAUAUUGUUUGGUUCUACAACUGGACCAUUGUUUAUGGACUUGAGGAAUAUUUUGAAGCCGGACUUAUCGUUUUAGCUGGCAUCGGCUUAAUUCAGAUUUUGACGUCGCUGUUUUGCUUGUGGUCUGUUGACGUGAGAUGCCUAUUCACUUGUUCAAAAACUGCUAGUCCAGAUGAUGCAUCCUGGGUGAAAGUUGUGCCAACACCAAACAAUGGAUCAACAGAACUUGUUAGGCUGCAUAAAGCUAGGGAAGAUGAUGAGGAUUUCAUCUGGUUUAAUUUUCAAAAAACGAAGUAUCUGUAUGAGAGGGAUAAAAAACAGUUUGUGCCCCUCGAUUUCCCAGUGUCAGAGACUAUACAGACCUAUAUGGAGAGUAAAGGUUUACAGGAAGAACAUGAUAUCAAACAUGCAGAAAAUACCUUUGGUAAAAAUCUAAUGGAGAUGGAUAUACCAAGGUUUAUGGAGUUGUUUCAGGAGAGAGCGACAGCUCCUUUCUUUGUGUUCCAAGUGUUCUGUGUGGGUCUCUGGUGUCUGGACGAGUACUGGUAUUACAGUGUGUUUACAUUGUUUAUGCUUGUUGCAUUUGAAGCAACACUUGUUCAACAACAGCUUCGUAACAUGGCAGAAAUCAGAAAAAUGGGAAUAAAACCAUAUCUUAUAAAUGUAUACAGAAACAGAAAAUGGCGACCUAUAUUAACUACAGAACUUGUUCCAGGGGAUAUUGUUUCAGUUGGGCGUUCCCAUGAGGACAGGCUGAUACCGUGUGAUUUGCUGUUACUGAGAGGACCAUGUAUAGUAGAUGAAUCAAUGUUAACUGGAGAAUCUGUUCCAGUUAUGAAGGAACCAGUGGAAAUUUUGGAACCAGACCACGUGUUGAACCUGGAGGUAGAUGGCAAACUUCAUGUACUGUUUGGAGGGACAAAGGUUGUACAGCAUACACCACCCAGUAAAACAUCCACAGGCAUGAAAGCUACAGACAAUGGAUGUAUAGCCUAUGUUUUACGUCACAGUUUCAACACAAACCAAGGGAAGCUACUGCGUACGAUUCUGUAUGGUGUGAAAAGAGUGACAGCAAAUAAUCUCGAGACAUUUUUCUUCAUUCUGUUCCUGCUUAUCUUUGCUGUCAUUGCUGCAUCAUAUGUCUGGAUCAAAGGUACAGAGGAUCCUGACAGAAACAGAUAUAAGCUAUUUUUAGAAUGUACACUGAUUCUGACAUCAGUUGUUCCCCCUGAAUUACCUAUAGAACUUUCCCUGGCUGUCAAUACAAGUUUACUGGCCCUUACUAAACUUUAUGUGUACUGUACAGAGCCAUUUAGGAUACCUUUUGCUGGAAAGAUAGAUAUAUGUUGUUUUGACAAGACUGGUACACUUACAGCUGAUAACCUUGUUGUUGAAGGUGUAACAGGUCUCAAAGGUAACGAGAUACAGCCAGCUAUAGAAGCUCCUAUGGAGACGGUACAUGUGCUGGCUACAUGUCAUGCACUAGUACAGCUAGAUGAUGAACUGGUAGGAGAUCCACUAGAGAAAGCCACGCUCAAAGCUGUUGACUUCACUCUCACUAAAGGAGAGACAGUAAUACCACAGAGAAGGAAGACACAUGGUUUGAAAAUAUUUCAUCGUUAUCAUUUCUCAAGUGCCCUAAAACGUAUGUCUGUGAUUGCUGGACACACUCCUCCUGGAUCUAUGGAAACGGAAUACAUCUGUGCAGUAAAGGGGGCUCCAGAGACAUUGAAACCUAUGUUCAGUAAUCCACCAAGUCAUUAUGAUGAGGUGUACCUUGAGAUGGCGCGCCGAGGGGCACGAAUUCUUGUCCUUGGAUACAAAAAGCUUGGACAUCUUUCACAUCAACAGCUGAAGGUGAUGACUCGAGAUGAGGUGGAAUGUGAUCUAGAGUUCUGUGGCUUUGUUGUUAUUUCGUGUCCAUUGAAGUCCGACUCAAAGGCAGUAAUCAAAGAAAUCCAGAAUGCUUCACAUCAUGUUGCCAUGAUAACAGGAGAUAAUCCACUUACAGCAUGUCAUGUUGCCAAAGAAUUGAGAUUUACACGUAAAGAACAUACACUUGUUCUACUGCCACCGAAGAACUCUGAGACAGAAUGGUACUGGAAGUCCAUAGACGAUAGUGUUACGUUACCUCUACAGCCAAGUGGUGAUUUACGGAAACAGCUGAUUGAGAAAUAUGAUCUCUGUUUGACGGGAGAGGCACUGACAUUUCUGCAGAGUCAUUCCAAGAAACUGUGGCACGUCUUACUGCCCAAUGUGAAGGUAUUUGCAAGAGUGGCACCGAAACAGAAAGAAGUGGUGAUAACAACAUUGAAAAGUCUAGGUUUUAUAACACUGAUGUGUGGAGAUGGUACAAACGAUGUGGGAGCCCUAAAACAUGCUCAUGUUGGUGUAGCUUUGUUAACAAAUGCACCAGAACGAAUGCCAGAGAAAAAACAGAAGAAGGAGGAGGAGAAUGAGGCCGGCCCAUCACACCCCAAUCAUAUGGCAGAGAAACUGGCAGCCAGGGGAGGGGGUAAAGCUGUAGGUCGGGCAGCCAAACAGAGAGCUAUAGCAAGGGGAGAUAACAUGGCACCAUCACAGAAAAGGUUACAGAAUAUGUUGAAAGAGUUAGAUGAAGAAGAAAAGGCAGCUGUAGUUAGACUUGGAGAUGCUAGUAUAGCCUCACCAUUUACAUCUAAACUCUCUACCAUACUAUGUAUAUGUCAUAUAAUCAAACAAGGGCGCUGUACUCUGGUGACCACAUUACAGAUGUUCAAGAUUUUAGCACUGAAUGCUCUUAUCCUGGCAUACAGUCAGAGUGUGCUGUUUCUAGCAGGUGUCAAGUUCAGUGAUACACAGGCUACCAUGCAGGGCCUCCUUCUUGCAGGCUGCUUCCUCUUUAUUUCAAGGUCAAAGCCACUGAAGUACCUGUCGAAACAGCGCCCGUUACCUAAUAUAUUCAACUUGUACACUAUAUUGACAGUGCUGUCACAGUUUGCCAUACAUUUUGUAUCACUUGUGUAUCUAGUCCAAGAAGCUCAAAUACUCGAACCCAGAGAGGAGAAGGUAGAUUUAGAAGCAAAGUUUGCACCAAACCUUCUUAACACCACUGUGUAUUUCAUAUCCAUGUCUCUACAACUCUCUACAUUCGCUGUUAAUUAUAAGGGUGAACCAUUCAUGGAGAGUUUACGUAACAACAAACCAAUGUUAUAUAGUUUAUCAAUAUCUGGUAGUGCAAUUAUAGCUUUGGCAAGCGGACUUGUUCCUGAAGCUACAGAAUACUUUGAGCUGGUGCAUUUACCAGAUGAAUUCCGUAGCACAGUACUUGGUGUAGUAGUAGCAGAUAUGCUGGGAGCCUUUGUUAUAGACAGAACAUUACAGCUCAUAUUUGGAAAUGGAAAAGUAAAGAGAAGGUGAUGAUCUUUAUAUGCCGUAGGAAUCAUCUAUUUAUUUUCUUUCAAAUAUCAGUUUUUGGAAGGGCUUCGAAACCAGAACAUUCAUACGAGAAAAGUUGUUUGGAUAUAGUAUAGUCUUUACCAAGAACUGUAGAUGGAUUCAUUAAAAGACUGUCUUUACCAAUCACUUCUGAUGGAUUAAAUACAGACUGUCUUUAUCAAGGAUUUCCGAUGGAUUUAAUACAGACUAUACCAUCUUUACCAAGAACUGUUGGUGGAUUUAUUAGACUAUCUUUACAAAGUACUGUUGAUGGAUUAAAUACAGACUGUCUUUGCCAACUGUGGAUUCAUUAAUUAAAGACUGUCUUUACCUAGCACUUCUGAUAGAUUAAAUACAGACUGUCUUUACCAAGUACUGUUGUGUUCAAAAAUAGGGAUAAUUCUUUACUUCAGCUUGAGGAGAAAGAAGAUAGGUUUUUCAGGUUUUCAGGAGAUGUUAAGUUUUUAUUUUGGUGAAUUUACUUGUGACUAUCUUGAUUACGCAAUUUUUAUUCACAGCAGCUAAUCCAUGGUCAUGUGACAGUUGAUUUGUUAGUCAGGAAGUUUGAGCUUCUAUUGUAGUGUCCUUUCUCUGUCAUGUUGCCAGUUUUAAUAUUGAAAUAGAAUCUACCAAAAAAAACAGCUGGUGAAGAUUUCUAGAUACGAUGGAUACAUACUAUAAGCAGCCAUUUCAGGUCAGGAUCCUGUUAUUCUGAUAAAAUAAAAAUUAUCCUUUAUUUAGGUCAUGUGUUAUUGAAACACACCAGUACAUCGAAAUGUCAAUUUAAUGUUCUUUAAUCAGGUUCAUCAUGUGUUGGUUACAGUCAAGGUCAGACUUUUAUUAUCUCAUGCAGUAAAUAUGGUAACAUUUUUUUUCAGUUUUGCAAAAGAUAAUAGGUAAGAGCAGAUUUCUCGGAAGCACAGAGCACUUCCAAACUUUUAAAUGAGUUUUAAUGAAACUUCAUACUCAGACAUCAUGUACUGUAGAUGUGACUCACUUUUUUGUUAGGGUAUCUCUUAGCAUUGUAGAUUUACUGGCAUACUCACGAACACAGACAAAAUGUGUACAGUGGCAUUAUAAACAAUAAGAGUUUGUUGCAUAAACAACUUUUACACUUGCAAAAGGAUUCCAGAGAAUUUAAUAACAAGGUCACUAUGAAGUGUAGAUGUGCUUCACCUAUUUUUAAGUAUCAUUUAAAGGAUUGCAAAGCAGCUUUGUAUGUACGUGGUCUUAGACAACCCUUACCCUGCUAAAUUUCAAUAAUGAACUGGCCCAUCUUUCAAUUUGGACAGUACCAUUAACUGUUAAAAGGAGUACUUACCAAAAAGAUACUGACUGAAUGGCAAACAGUGCAGAUCUUGAUCAGACUGCAUAGAUGUGCAGGCUGAUCAUGAUCUGCAAUGGUCGGAAAAGCAGAAUCAAUUGUGUCCAGUAUGGUAAGAGAUAAACACACUGACAUAAGGAGUACAUUGGAGUUUAUGGCACAAACUAAUGUGGCAUUUUCAAAUAGAUUCCAGUGAAACUUCAUACAUAUGAUAAGCACGAAAUUUAGAAUUAGUUGAGACUUUACAGUUAUGCACCUGUAGACUUAGACAAAUGUGUACACUACAUGAUUGAUGCCUGGAGGUUUUCUUAUUUUGUUUGACAAAGCAGUAUUUGGGGGCAGUCUAAAAUCAAGUAUUUCAACUUAUCCCCAAAGUUACAAUUCUGUUUAAUGAUGAAGGAUAUGUAAUAUAUGCAUGCUGUGUUCAGAUAUUACUAACCUCCCUGCUUGUGAUAAAAGGGGAAGUUGUAGAAUAUAAAUCCACUAACAAAUUAUAUGUAGGAAAUGAUUAGUAUAUAAGCUAUUGUUAAAACAUUUGUCACCAAAUUAUUUUCUCAGCAGAAUCUUUGCAAAUUUACCAAAUCUACAUAUAAUGUACUUGUGAUUAAUUUUGAAUUAAAGUGUCUCUUGUAUCAAGAGCCAGUCCAUCAGUGCUCCAGACCUGAAAUUAAGACAUUCACGUGUGACAAUGGCUGUUUUUGCUUAUUAGACUGAAGGCAAUGUAGGUUUCACUCCAAGCUAAUAGAAGUGUAAGUUUGGUUUAAUUAUGCAUAGGUUAAUUAAGUCUCAUAAGAUACCAGCAUCCAAGGUUACAAGGCCACUCUCAAAAUAAAGCCUCGCCAUUGGUCAGUUUCAAAACUUUGCUCAGAAACAACCAAUCAGAUGCUGGAGUUUUGAGACUGGUCUCCAAUCUUAUAUACAUAGGACAUUUUCCUAGGGAGGUAAUUUAAGAGGUCAUAGAUAACUCAUAACUUUACAGGUGAUAGUAAGGUUGUUUAAAAAAUAUUUAGUGUCUCGUUUAGUAAUUGAUCCAUGUCACAUUUAUCUGCUAAUGUUAUUUUCAAGCAUUGCUGAGCUAUAUUUUAAUCAAAAUGGAAUGAGAUUUUGUGAACAUAUAAUUUAUCAUAAAAUUAAUACUAACUGUAAUAAAGACCAGCUGAUGGAUAGAGAUGUUUGAAAUCUGUAGAUAGAUACAAAACACUUUCUGUUUUUAUGCUAGAGAGUAUUUACAUAAUUUAUUGAAUACACUGGCACUUAUUUGUAAAGUAUUUUAGGUAUACUGUUGUUAUGACUGUCUGUAAUUUAUUAUAAAAGAUUAAAUAUGUAAAACAGACAA